AUGCCCGACCAACCCCCCACCCCCAAACUCACCACCACCCUAACCAUCUCCCUCGCCCAGCACCUCCACGGCACCUCCGUCCUCCCAACCCUCGAGCGCAACUGGUCCAAGGCCGCCACACCGGACCAGCGCGCCCGCUUCGAACCCCGCCACUUCGACCUCGACCCCACCGACGAGCCGGACCCGGAGCGGGGGGUUCCGGCGUUGAAGCGCGCGCUUCAGGGCACUAAGUGGGAUGGGGUGUUGAUUGGGUGGUGUCUUAGGGGGAGUAAGGAGUAUACGCCUGUGUUUGAGAGGGUGGUGGGGGUGGUGGUAGGGGAGGUGGUGAGGCGACGGGUUGAAGGAAGUCAAGGGGGUGAGGAUGGGGGGAUGCGCGUCAUGUUCUGCGAGGGGCCUGAUGAUUUGGUUAAUGCGACGUUGAGGACGUUUGGGGACUCGUGA